AACCACCCUGGUACAAAGGAGAGAAGAAUGGGCAAUCGCUUUCCGAGCUGGAGUGAUUUUGCGUGGGCACCACACUAAUAAUUAUGCAGUCAACAAUGUCCAUAAUUAAGGAUACAGUGCUCAAUAGAUGCAAGGCCUACAACACUACACAGCUGAUGGUCCUCAUGGUGGAGAUUUUUUAUGGCUACAUGAGGCACAGGUUGGUGGAUGUAGCAUUGGGCAAACAACGGGUGAAAUCCAUCACUGUUGACAAGAUAGGAAUUGGCGCAGUUAAGUCCUUUGGUGGUGGGCUAUACUCUAUGCAAAGCCAGUCUGAUCAAACAAAGGUAUAUGAAGUAGACCUCACCAUCGGCAUGUGCACAUGCGUGAAAGGGCAAGAUGGGGCCACCUGCAAGCAUCAGAUUGCAGGUGCAGACUACAGUAUGACUGCAGUGCCCCAAAUGUUUGUGAUGACCAGUAGCAGUCGGCAGUCAUUGGCAGCCGUAGCUGUUGGUUCAGAAAAAGCCCCGAAGGAAAGUUUUUUUAAAGGUUUGACUGAGGUAGAAGACAAUGAAGAUGAAAGCAAUGGAGGAAAUAGAACAUUGGCAGCCCCAGCCCUAGCUGUUGGUGCAGAAAAAACUCUGAAAGAAAGUUUUCUUAAAGGUUUGAAUGAGGUAGAAGACAAUGAAGAGGAAAGCAAUGGAGGAAAUAGAAUAAAUAAAAGGAUGGAAACCAAUGCAAGAGAGUUAGAAAAUACCAAUGAAAAUAUUGCUGACGACACUAGUGACCUAACAGCUAAAUCAAAAGUAGUAGUCGAGGCAUUAGUUGAAACAACUGCGCAGUAUGGUAAUUCAGAAACCGAAGUGGCCCUGCAGAAAUUCCUUCGGCGAAUACGUUCAGUUAAAACUACAAAUCAGCUGACCAACUUGCUGAAUUGUGCAGGCUCAUCGAUGACUUAUAGUGGAGCUGGUCGUGGCAAGAUUCCUUGCCAACCAGCUACAAUUAGCAAGAUGAUCCCCAGGAAUGCCUAGAGGAGCAGCCCCCAUCGGUAAAGGACGUCGACCAGCAUCAGUUCUGUCAUUCAACCCAAAGCGUCCCCGUAACCUAAUGCUAAGUCACAUGGCAGUGGUCACUGAGCCAGAGGGUAACUGAAGUAAGUUGCUGCUAAAAUGUUAUGAGCUGGACUCUGCUUUAUACCUUUUUU